AUGGAGGAAUAUACAGUUAAGCAAGUCGCUGAGCACAACAGCCAAGGCGACGCAUGGUUAAUCAUACAUGGCCAAGUCUACGACGUCACGAAAUAUCUAGCAGAUCAUCCUGGCGGCGCCGAUGUCCUCACGGAGGCAGCUGGUACGGAUGCCAGUGAGGACUUUGACAACGCUGGACACUCGGAAGAUGCAUUCGAGAUCAUGAAAGACUGCUGCGUUGGCAAGAUCCAAGGCUUUGAGAAGAAGAAGCCCAAGCUUAAGCCGGUUGCACCUGUCGUGACACUGAAGGAUCAGACUUCUGGAUCCCCAUCAGUCUCAACGUUGGCCAACAUGGGCUUCAUUCUCUGUGCCGGUGCGGGAGCUUACUACAUUGCUCACCGUGCAGGGCUCACUGUGCCAGAUUGGCUGCUUUCAUCUCUACGGAGUGACUCCAGUGGCUCAAGUUUUUUCAAAGGCGUCCUUGUCGGCGGUGGAUCUCUUGCGACCUUCAAUGCUGUUGCAGCACAGCGAUUCACAAGUAUGGCGAUGAAGAGCAAACCCUUCACGAGCUAUCCGGCUCAUAUGAAGAUUCCCAAGCGAGCUGAGGAAGAUACCUUACUACAGCGCGGGCUUCUAGAUCCUGUCACCUACUCGCCUCUUCCCCUCAAGCACAAGACUCUCAUUGCACCAAAUGUUUACCGCUUGACGUUCAGUCUUCCAACCGCGAGCACUAUUCUUGGGCUGCCGAUCGGUCAGCACGUCACCAUCAAAGCUGAGGUUGAUGGAGAGAGCGUCGCGCGAUCAUAUACCCCAGUGUCCAACAACUCCGACCUUGGCGUUCUUGAACUGGUCAUCAAAGUAUACCCAGAUGGCAAGCUUACGAGCGGGUAUCUGGCGAAGCUCGAAGUUGGAGACGAGGUCCUCUUUCGAGGACCCAAGGGAGCGAUGAAGUAUCGACCCAACCUUUGCAACAAGAUCGGCAUGAUCGCAGGUGGCACCGGGAUCACCCCGAUGUUCCAAGUCAUCCGUGCCAUCUGCGAGCACGACCGCGACACAACCGAGAUCUCUCUCAUUUACGCAAACAAAACAGAGGAGGACAUCCUUCUUCGAGAAGAAUUGGACAGGUUCGCAAGAAGGUAUCCCAAGAACUUCAAGGUCUAUUACCUGCUGGAUCAACCGCCGGCGGGCUGGAAGUUUGGGUCUGGGUAUGUGACUCGAGACUUGAUGAAGGAGAAGCUUCCCUCGCUGAGAACGGACUCCAAGGUAUUCCUUUGUGGUCCACCUGGAAUGGUAAACGCAUCGAAGAAGGCACUUGUUGAAUUGGGGUUUGAACAGCCUGGGGCAUCGGCGAAGAUGUCGGACCAGGUAUUUGCAUUUUAA